AUGGAGAGGGAGGACUUUGCAGCCGAAAGCCAAAAAAUUCAGAAAGCGGCUGAAUUAAAUGGGUACGACAAGAGUUUUGUGGAUAAGAUAAUCGGUAAACAUAUCCGUAAAAAACAGCGUCAAGACACCACCACUUUACAGCCGGAAAAAGAGCAAAUCCACAGAAUCAGUUUACCAUUUUACCCUAAAGUGACGAACCACAUUAGGAAAAUUCUCAAGCGGCACGGCUUCCAUGUGGUUCAUAAAAGCGGUAAUACAUUACAGGAGCUUCUAAACAAUCAAAAGGACAAAGUUCCGCCCGAAGAACGGUCGGGUAUCUACGAAAUCCCCUGUAAGGAUUGCCCAGCGGUGUAUAUCGGACAAACCCGUCGAAAAUUUAAAACUCGGCUAAAAGAACAUAAAAAAGCUGUGGAAAAUGAAAGGACCAAUGAUUCGAGUGUAGCGAUGCAUUCUAUCUGCCUCCAACAUGAAAUUGAUUGGGGGAACGCAAAGCUGCUAAAAAAUGUGAGAAAAUCCUCUCAUUUAAAUGCGUGGGAAUCGAUGUACAUCAGCACCGCCGAUCGACUUUUAAUGAAUGAAGAUGAGGCGCUCAUCUCAUCGCCUCUCUUCCAACUGACGAAAUUGAAUCUGUAG